AGAAAAAGAGAGAGAGAUUAUUCCUGGCUUACACGAAGAGGAACGAUAGAGAGAAGAGAUAAGCUCCUCUUUUUCAAGAGAGAAAGAAAGAGUGAGAGAGAGAGAAAGAGAGAAAUCGCGUUUCAUUGAUGCAAUGACGAUCUAUUGUAUUUUACGUUCAACAACGUCUCUUUGAACGAGUCAGCAAGAAGAGAAUUAUCCAAGACCGAGAGAGAAAGAGAGAAAGAGAAAGAGAGAGAUAGAGAGAGAGAGAGAGAGAAAUAGAGAGAGAUAAAGAGAGAGAGAGAGAGAGAGAGAGAGAAAAAAGAGAAAGAAGGGAUCGUUCCAAACGUUAUGGAAGCAAUAAUGAGAUGAAGCAUCGAACGAGAUAUCGGAGUUAUCAAACGAUAACAAGAAAGAUCGAACAAUUUGAGGGAAAACGGAAGGGAAGCAGAAAAAGAAAUAAAAUUGGAAAAAAAUAUUAAAGGAAAAAAAAAAAGGAAAAAGAAAAGAAAAGAAAAAAGAAAAAAGAAAUAGAAAAAUAAAUCCACUGUUCUUCUUCUCUUAGUUAUUUUAGUUCGUUGUCGAAACGACUGAUGGAAUCCUUUGAUAACCAUUGUUUAUUUCUUCGAUUAAAUAUUGCAAAUAAUGGCGUCAGUCGAUAAAAUAUAUGUGUACACACACAUACAUGCACAUAUUGUUUUCUCUUUCUAUCUUUCUGAAGCAACAACGACGACGAAGAAUCUUUGAAGAGGAAAUCAACAACGAUCAGCGCAAUUUGCAAGAGAAAUGGCGCGAGCGACAAAGAAUAUUUUGUCAAAAUGGAAGUAUUACGGCGAAAGGAUGGUGCCCUGAGAUUUGGGAUGCAAUAAUUUGUUGGCCUUCUACUCCAUCAGGUGAAAUGGCCGUUCAUUCUUGUCCUGAUUACAUCGUAGGAUUCGAUACUAAGGGGAAUGCAACGAGGCAAUGCAUGUCUAACGGCGAAUGGUACUGGAGUUCCGAGACAAAUAGCACUUGGAGCAAUUACACGCAGUGCUAUACGACACAAUCAGUUACAGUUGUAAUGGACAUACCGGGUGUUCACUCGAACAAUGUCACUCUUAUUAAGAAGUAUUUCCCCAUACUGAAAGCCAUUUCAAAAGUGGGAUAUAGUGUAUCCUUAUUCACGCUAAUUAUAGCAUUUUGCAUUCUUGCAAUUAUUAAAUUUUUACGUAGGAAAUUGAGAUGCCCAAGAAACAUGUUACACAUGCACACGUUUGCUUCGUUUAUGAUGCGAGCAUCUAUGGCAUUAUUAAAAGAUACUCUCUUCAUAUUUGGAAUCGGUCUUUCAUCGGACAUCCUUACCAAAGAUGGUGAAAAUUAUUUACUCCACAACGAAUCUGAAAGUAAUUGGAAUUGCAAAAUGUUCACCAGCUUCUGGCAAUAUUUCAUAUUGGCGAAUUAUUUCUGGAUUCUCAUGGAGGGUCUUUAUCUUCAUAAUUUAGUCUUCCUGGCACUGUUUGCCGACGCAAAUUCGAGCAUAGCCAUUUACGUUGGCUUAGGAUGGGGAUUACCAAUGGUAUUUGUAAUAUCUUGGAUUAUAUCUAGGAUUAUCUACGAGAAUACUUUUUGUUGGACGACUAAUCAAAAUCCAUAUUUAUUUUUAUUGAUUCGAAUACCGACUAUGCUUUCUAUAUUGAUUAAUUUCGUUCUCUUCGUCAACAUCGUACGUGUACUAUUGUCUAAGCUAAAGUGCACCGUAUCGGAGGAAACUCAAAGAUACAAACGAUGGGCAAGAAGUACUUUGGUUCUGGUGCCACUAUUUGGAGUACAUUAUACAAUUUUCUUAGGUAUGUCCUAUAGUAUGGGGGUCGAUGAAACGGUAGAACUAGUUUGGCUUUUUUGCGAUCAAUUCUUCGCUUCGUUCCAGGGCUUUUUCGUAGCAGUACUCUAUUGUUUCAUGAACAGAGAAGUUAGAGCCGAGAUAUCGAGAGCAUUAAGAAGCAAUAAAUGGAACCACUUUCGAUACGACUCAAGGCCCACCAUUCCAUCGGGUAGUGUAUGCAGUUGCAAUACCUCGAAAUUUGGACGACGUGGUAAAAGACCAAAAUGGUUGGCAAAACAAUGGCCAUGUUUCUAUCACGAUCGCGAAGCUCAUCGUUCAACGCACUCGAUGGCGAGUACACAAGAUAUUGGAACGCGAGGAGGUAGUUUAGCUAGCAGCAGGGGUUACCUGGAUGUCAUUGGGAACAGAUCCAACGUUCUAUCGAUGGAUCAUCAUAAGUGCAUCAUGAGUCAUACUACGCCGCUUUGUAGUAAAUGUACAAAUCAAUCAUUACUAUCGUUUUCCUCGAAUAUGUCCGAAAUGUCCAUGAAUGCGGAAAAGAUUCGUGAACGGCACAGAUGGAGUGACUCGGAAUGUUGUCAGCUUACUUACGAAUUGCACAAUCUUCAACAUCAUACGUAUCACUGACACUAUUAUUAUGCAUUAGACUUUUAAAGAGCACGUUUAACUUUCAUUUGAUCUCUCUCUCUCUCUUUCCCUUUCUCUCUCUCUUUCUCUCUCUUUCUUUCUUUCUCUCGGAGCACAGUCUCAUGUCGUAUCUAUGCUCGCAAUCGUGUAACGUUCGAGAAUUAUUGUUUUAUUAAGGAAUAUGCUUCGUUGGACUAUUGUAACGAGAAAAUGUUUUGUAAAAGUGAAUACAUACAUACAUAUAUAUAUAUAUAUAUAUAUAUAUAUAUAUAUAUACAUAUAUAUAUAUAUGUGUGUGUGUGUGUGUAUCAAUUCAAGACACAAUGGUAUUUGAUUUAUACAAAUACUUGGAAAAAAAAAAGAAUAUAUAUACAUACUUAUAUAUAUAUUUUUUUUUAUUAUGCUUGACAGAUGUAAAAUAAUAUAUUUAGAAAAGAAAAUAUUAAUAUUUAAAUAACUUAUGUCAUGGUUCGAAUUUGUGAACGAAUUUAUCGAACGUGUGGUAUAAAAGUACAUGUUCCUAAUUUAUAACUUAGUGUCGUAAAUUUAUAACUUCAUUAUAAUUGAUAUUUAUUCUUAUUCAAAUUUGUCAUAUUAAUCAUGCAAUAUAAAUGUAUUCGUCCUUAUAGUUCGACAUAAGUAUGGCGAAUCGAUUACUAUUGCUGCCAAUUAUACAGUAAAUAUCAUUCAUUAUAUUAGAAGGAAUAUAAACCUUUUAUCCUGAAAAGAAAAUUCAUUUCUAUGAUAAAUCUAAAUUGAUGAAAUUAACAAAUCGUAAUCGAUGACACUUUAAUUAGAAAAAUAUUAUUUAUAUAACGUGCAAUCUUUAUGUAAUUCUAAUGUCUUUUGAUGACAUAUUCAAAGAAACAAAUUACCCGUUACAUAAACCAAAUUAGAGCCAAUAUCAAUACUCCAAACUAAUUAAAUAUUAUUUACCAAUGGAAUUGCCAUUUGCUCAAAUGAUAGGCAAAGAGCUCUCUAUACCAUAAUGAUAUCUACGUAAUUGUCUUUGUUCAAUGUAAAAAAAAAAAAGAAAAAAAAAAAAAGAAAAAAGAAAGAAAAAGAAUUAUAAGUAAAAUUUAAAUUUAUAAAAUUAAAUUAUGGUGAACGUUAUUGUGUCAAUGUUGCAGUAAAAUUAAGAAAAUUAUGUACACUUAGUAUUUCUGUUUAGUAUUCUUUGUGGCUUGCAUAACUUGCUUACAAUGCUAGUUAAAUUUCCUCAUAUAUGUCUACAUAUGUUGACAAAAAUUAUUGAACUUAUUAUAUCAACAUGCGAAUAUUUUAUACUUAUUUAUCCUUAUUUUUUUUUGACAAUUAUGAAAAAUGAAACAUAAAAGAUAAUAUGAGAAUAUUGCAAGUUCACUUAUGGUUUUACUUGUAUAAAAAAAAAUUAAAAAGAAAAAAAAAAUUAUGUUUAUUAUUAAUUAUUAUAUUAAUAUCUCAACAGUAACAUAAGUAGUAAUUAUAUUACAAAAUCAGUUACACGUACAAUAAUCAUUUACAAUAGCAAAGAAUUAUUUUGUACUUUUUGCAUAUUGAUCAUAUUUUGAUUUAUUAAUUAUUAUGCUAUUAACUAUAUGUUCAGCUUGAUGUGUCUGUCCAUAGUAAUCAACGAAUAAACCCUCUGGAUCUAUUAAGUAUAUUAUGAUAGUAUGAUCAACCUUAAAAUAGAAAAUAUUAUUUAUGAAAUGGAUCAUUAUAUAAUACAUAAUAUAGUUUGAGAAAAUAAUUUACUAACAAUGUAAUCAUUGUCCACAUCUUUAGGCCCACUACUAUAAUAUACUCUAUAAGCUUUACAAACUUUUCCAAUUGCCUCAGGAGAACCAGAAAGGCCAAUAAUUUUAGGUGAAAAUUCUUUUAUGUAUUUUCCUACUAUGGCAGGAGUAUCUCUUUCAGGAUCAACGGAUAUAAAAAGUGGUUGAACUUUUAACUUAUAUUCAUUCUCUGUAAUAAAAAGAAAAAAAAAAAAAAUUAAAACGAACAAAAUAACGUAAAAUCUCAAACGUUUUAUAAAGCAAUGCUAUUUACCUAACUGAUCUACAACAAGUGUUAAUUUUUCAAGUUCAUCCGGGCAAAUGUCUGGGCAAUGAGUGAAACCAAAGUAAAUUAAAACCCAUUGUCCUAAGAAAUCAUCUGAUUUAACAGUUCUCCCUUCGCUAUCAAGUAGCUCAAACUUUCCACCGAUGGCAGCUUUUCCUAACUGUCGUCUUCUUUCACGUAUCUCUAUCCUUUCUUUUUCUCUUUUCAAAUAAUAUAAAUAUAAUAAAAGACCACCUCCAAGAACUGCGGUAACUGUCAAAGAUUUCCAUGUUAUUGGAGAUUUUUUUUUAUUUUUUCUGUCAACAUUGGUCGAUAUUUCUCGACGAACAGUUGAUAUGCUGAUUUGCCUAACCUAAAAAAAAAUUUAUCUUACAUCAAUGAAAUAAAAUAUAUUGACAAUGAUUAAAUCUAACGUACCUUACUUAAAAUAUGCUUUGGUGAUUUAUUUAAACAACUAAUAGUUCGCAAAAUUAAUGUAGACAUCUUGUUCAGAAUAU